ACCUCCCUUGUGUUUACAUGCUUCCAGGCUCCCCCCCUCCUCCACUCGGUUCUCUUUAUUCUUGCAAUUAGCAACCCCGAGCGGCCCCGGCUAUUUACGUUGUCAAUGAUAUAUUAAUUCCUGUAAUUACCGGCUUUUAAAAACAUUAUUUAACUUGCUUUUGUUUCAAUGCAUUAUUAUUUGAAGACGGAAUCUAAAUUCGUUCAUUCAGCCGAUGGCAUUUAAGUGAUUAAGAGAGAAAGAACCGGCUUAAAAGACCCCCAGGAGACGCGAUUUGCUUUAUUUCACUCGAAAUUUCUGCUGGAAACCAACAAAUCACUACCAACAACAAACUAACCAGGGAAUCUCUACUUAGCUGCUCGAUCUGCUAGUAAUAGCAACUAAAUCAUACUCUCUCGCCCUUCAAAACAACAUAGUGAAUAAUGUAGUUUUUACGGGACUGUCACGGUUGGAAUUAUCUUUGAUCUUUGGAUUGCUCCUACGUUCAGAGCCGACCUCGCGCUAAACAGCAAAAACAAAAACAACAACAACACCGCAGGGACGUCUCUUCGUAGUCGAUCGAUCUGCUAAAAUUAGCUGCCAAAUCUCCCUCAAAUAUAACCUUACCGUUUCAAAAAGAUUCAACUGGAUUUAGGCGAUACUAGAAGCUGUAUCUAAAAAGGUUAUAGGGAUGGUCGCAGCUGGAACGACUUUCGGACCAGAGUAACAGUAAAACAGAGAGAAAGACAGAGAAUAAGGAAAGAGAAAGAAAGAGAGAUAGAGAGAGGGAGAAAGGGAAGGAGAGAGAGAUGAUCAGAAGACCAGCAGCAGCAGAAGGGGAACAAUGUGUCUUGUAUAUUUGAUUGUAUCUGUGAUUGAAGAACCUUGUUGCCAUCGAUAAAACAGAGAGAGAAAGAAAAACAGAGAAAGAAGGAACAUAGAAGAUAUUUGAGUCCAUUAUUUCUUCACCUUUUUGGAUUGUUUGGAAUUUUUUCUUCUGUGUUGGAGACAACAAAGUUUAAAGAAGAAGCUCAAAGUUUCCUCCUAACGCGGCCAUGAAGAAGACCCCGAUGUGUAAUCUCUGUGGCAAAGUGUUUUCCCGUCGCGACAACCUCGAGCGUCAUUUAAACAACCACCAGGGGGAGAAGUUGUUCUUUUGUGAAUACUGCGGCAAGUCGUUCUUGCGCAAGUCUUACCUCAAACUUCAUCAUCGCAUCCAUUCCGGGGAGCGUCCGUUCCAGUGUGGUGUGUGUGGACGAACCUUCACAAGAGAUGACCAUUUGCUGCGGCAUUACAGGUCACAUCAGGGCUACAAACCGUACACAUGCGACGUGUGCGGCAAAGCGCUGUCACGGCGCGACCACCUUGCUGUGCAUCGGCGCAUCCACACGGGCGAGCGGCCGUUCAAGUGUGACCUGUGCAACUGCGAGUUCACGCGCAGCGACCACCUGUUGCAGCAUAAGAGACUGAACAUGUGCGAACAAGCGUCGUCGUGUGUUACCAUGGAGACAGGUAUGCCUGCCAAAGUAUCUGAGAUUGCCCCAGAGGAACAAUACGAAGAGGGAGCUGAGCUGGACAACAGCAACAACAACAAACAUCAUAACAAAAACAGCAACAGUAACACUAACAACAACAACAACAACAACAACAACAAUAGUAGUAGUAGUGGUGGUGGUGGUGGUGGUGGUGGUAGUAGUGGUAACAGCAACUCAACAUCGAAAUGUAAUAAUAGCAGUGCUGAUGGUAAAAGCGUCCAGUCGCAGCAGAACCAAAUGUCUGAAGUGGCCACCUCUAACAACACAGCGAUCAUUGCAGCUCCUGCACCCACCACUGCAGCCGUUGCGCUCGUCACCAACGACCUCGCUGCUGCACUGCUACCAAACACCACCAAACUCUACUCAAUCCCAUGCAAUGGCAGCACAACGCCAGGUCUUCUAGCAGACAGUGCUGGCUCAGGCAGUGUGGCCACCCAAAUCUACCAGGCAGCGACCGGUGUGCCCAGUGCCAUCAACCCCAUCACCCAUAUCUUCCCCACCAUCCAGCUAUCUCCUGCAACCACACAGCUAUUCCCUACCAUCCAGAUGUAUCCCAGUGCGCACAUCAACUUGCAGCAGCACACAGCUGCAGUGAACCAGAAACUCCAUAUUUCCGGAUCACAUCUCAACCACAACAAAUGAACGGAACACUGACAGAUGUGUGUGUGUGUGUGCAUGUUUGUGUGUGUGUGUGUGUGUGGAUUUGUAUGUAUAUGUGAAUUUUUAUGUAAAUGUACAUAUAUAUAUGUAUAAAUGUGCAUUUAAUA